AUGGCAUCGAAAGUUGCUCCUUCAAUUCCAAAGUCCCAACCCCACAUCAAACGUGCAUGCUUGUGCUCUCCCACCACACACCCUGGCUCCUUCAGAUGCAGCCUGCACAAGAGAAAGCCCCACAUAACUGUGCCCAGAAACCCUUCCAACAACUCUCAUCUUUUCCACUCAUCGCCUAUGCCUUCAAAACCUCAUUCUUUGAAGCCCUUUCUCCAACUAGUUAUUAAGCCCUCAAGCCAUGAUCUUCAUAGGAGGAAGAAUUUCCAUCCAAAGCCUACUCGCUUUUCGUUGAUGAAUGGUAACAAUGAUGCAGUUCCAGUUUCUUGA